UUUCGUAUUCACGCAGCCUAGAGUGUCCGAUCCCGCGCACGUCGCUUCGCAUAUAAAGACAGAACGGACACUUGGGCAAAGGCCAGUCCGAAAAUUUUCGGUGCGAGCUCAACAGUGGGGUUACAUCGAACGAAAAUGAGGAGGACGCUCAUCCUCGUUCUCCUUUAUAUCGGACUGGCGGCGACGUCAGAUUUAUCGGGAUAUAAGCCCAGGGGGUGGCGUCCUAAUGGCCAGCAGUUUAAUCCCAAUAACAAUCGAUUGCACGCGUAUUACGGAACCCCGGGAUUACAAAGCUACGAACCUCCGGAUACCGCGACUACCCAACGCGUCCCGUUAUUCACCACUACGACUACGCCGCGGACCGUCGCGACCACCGUAAAAACCACAACGACACCUCGCAGCAGGGAGCCGACGACGGUGCCGGGCGAGCAAACUGAGGAUGAAUUCGAUUCUAAUCCGGCUCUGGCGAUCGCGAACUCCUUCGCAUUCAAUCGACCUGUAUAUGUCUACAACACCUUCCCGUUCCUACCGGCACAGAUUUUCGCGUAAUGACGCGAGAUGAAAGAUGACUAUAUCGCGCGAGAUGCGCGAUUAGAAUAAAUAAUAAAGACGCGAGUAUCGUCGUAGCAAGAGCAGCUUCUUUCUGUGAGUUUUCGAAAUUCGAGAUGUCGGAAUUGUUUAGAGACUGUUAUUACAACAAUCACAGAUAUAAGACAAACUUUGUACACCAAGGUUUAUCAUGGGAAAAUGUGGGAAAUCACGCAAAUAAUCCUUGCGUGAUUUCCAAAAAAUAAUCUUCGUGUAGUACUAGCAUAUAUUGCGUUAGAGAUGUCUCGUAAAACUUCAAUCAACAUCAUACGUCAGUCAUUCAAUGUCACU